AUGUGGGAGGCGACGCUGGAGCUCAACGUUAUCAGCUACAGCGCUGUGAUCAGCGCGUGCGCGACGGACCAGCAGUGGCAGCGGGCUUUAGCGCUGCUCAGCGAGAUGUGUGAGGCGACGCUGGAGCCCAACGCCAUCAGCUACAGCGCUGUAAUCAGCUCGUGCGAGAAGUGCGAGCAGUGGCAGCGGGCUCUAUCGCUGCUCAGCGAGAUGUGGGAGGCGACGCUGGAGCCCAACGCCAUCAGCUACAGCGCUGUGAUCAGUGCGUGCGGGAAGUGCGAGCAGUGGCAGAGGGCUUUGGCGCUGCUCAGCGAGAUGCGGGAGGCAACACUGGAGACCGACGUCAUUCAGCUACAGCGCUGGGAUCACCGCGUGCGAGAAGGGCGAGCAGUGGCAGCGGGCUCUGGCGCUGCUCAGCGAGAUGCGGGAGGCGACGCUGACACCCGGAGUCAUCUCUUCAGCUACAGCGCUGGGAUCAGCGCUUGCGAGAAGGGCGCGCAGUGGCAGCGGGCGUUGGCGCUGCUCAGCGAGAUGCG